AUGUCGGCGUCAGGAUCUGGUGUGCCCAACGCUGCGUCGGGGCCCUCGAAUGCCUUGAAGAAGGGCUUUCCUCACGUGGAUCUCCAAGGAAAUGACCUGCCGCCAUCCCCGGCCCCGUCCAGUCCACACGCCGGCCGCCGCUAUGCCAUUGCCACCGAGUUGGUCUUCACCGAGGGCAGCGACCAGUACAAUGCGAGCAGCGUGCCAAUUUACCAGAGUGCCACCUUCAAGCAGAGCUCCGGCGGUGGGGGUGGGGAGUAUGACUACACGCGGUCUGGCAACCCCACUCGGACACACCUUGAGCGCCACUUGGCUAAGAUCAUGUCGGCGCAGCGAGCUCUCGUAGUAUCCUCCGGUAUGGCCGCGCUGGACGUGAUCACCCGGCUCCUGCGUCCGGGCGACGAGGUGGUGACCGGCGAUGACUUAUACGGCGGCACCAACCGAUUACUCAAGUAUCUGUCGACCAACAACGGAAUUAUCGUACACCACAUCGACACGACACAGCCUGAAAAGGUAUUCGAGGUUCUGAACUCGAAGACCGCAAUGGUGCUGCUGGAGACGCCGACAAACCCGCUGAUUAAGAUCGUGGACAUUGGGCGGAUUGCCAGGGCAGCUCAUGAAGCGAACCCCAGCUGCUUGGUAUCGGUUGACAACACUAUGAUGUCGCCGCUGCUGCUGAACCCGCUGGAGCUGGGUGCAGACAUUGUGUACGAGAGUGGGACCAAGUACCUGUCGGGCCACCACGACUUGAUGGCAGGUGUGAUCGCAGUUAACGAUCUGGCGCUCGGCGAACGACUGUACUUCCCGAUCAACGCGUCGGGAUGCGGGCUGUCGCCGUUCGACUCGUGGCUGCUGAUGCGUGGCGUGAAGACGCUUAAGGUGCGUAUGGAACAGCAGCAGAGCAAUUCGCAGCGCAUCGCCGAGUUCCUUGAAUCAAACGGCUUCAAGGUGCGCUACCCGGGCCUGCGCUCGCACCCGCAGUACGACCUGCACCACUCCAUGGCACGAGGCUCCGGCGCCGUGCUCUCGUUCGAGACUGGCGAUGUCGGUGUUAGCGAGCGCAUUGUCGAGAGUGCCAAGAUCUGGGCUAUUAGUGUCAGUUUUGGCUGUGUCAACAGUCUUAUUAGUAUGCCUUGCCGCAUGAGCCAUGCCAGCAUUGACGCGAAGACGCGGGCUGAGCGCGCCAUGCCCGAGGACCUGAUUCGGCUGUGUGUGGGCAUUGAGGAUGUGGAUGAUUUGAUCGACGACCUGCGACGGGCGCUUGUCCAAGCUGGCGCGGUCAACGUCACGCUGGACGGCAUCCAAGCCCGCCAGGGCACUUCUGCGUAG